AUGGAGUAUCACAUCAUUAAGAAUUUGGACUAUCUAGGUGGAAGCUAAGCUUAUUGUAUCUUACUAUUUAUACUAUUCCUCUUCCUAUCUAGAGCAAGAUCAUUUUACUACAUUCUAUAUAUGACUUGCGCUAUUUUCGUACAAGAUGUUUUAAAAUCAGUAUAUAAGGACCCGCGCCCAUACAUGACGUAAUCUGAAAUAAUCAAUUAGAAUUGUUCAUUUUCAUUUGGGAACCCAUCUGGUCAUACUUCAUUUUUGACAGCUUUCUCAUUCAUGGUAUUUUUAGAUUACUUUAAGAUUAAGCAAGAAAAGAAUUAGCUAGUGUCUAGCUACGUCAAGAAAUCAAGCAUUUCCUACUUCCUGCUUUUAGUCUUAAUUCUUAACAUCUAGGCAUUAAUGGCAUACUCAAGAGUCUAUGAUGGAACACACUCAAUUAACUAAGUGCUAUUCGGAUGGCAACUCGGACUGUGGCAAGCUCUAUAUUUUCACUACAUCCUUAGAGACAAUAUAAUUGCAAUAUUUAAGGCAAUAGAAUCGAAAAAAUAGAGUUCAGAUAUUGAAGAUUUAUAAAGAUACCUAAUUCAAGCAUUUUUAUACUACAUUAUUGCUUUGGCGAUCCAUAUUACGGUAUUUGUCCUUGUUAAUUAAGAAGAAGAUGUCCAGCCAAUAUGGAUUGAAAGAAUGAAUUCAAAAUGUAGAAAGGUACAAAUUCAAAAUUCAUUUGAAUACUCAGGAUUUUAGAAAUCAGGCUAUUUGAGUUUUAUACUUUCUGCAUUCAUCUCAGCCAUUUUCUUAGAAAAAUUGUUAAGAUAAAAGUUUGGAAUAUCAAGAUCAAUAUCCAAAAAUAACUUAAGUCUUAGUUUUUACAUAAUUAAAAUCUUGGUAGCUUUAGCAUUAGCUACUCCAAUAGUUGUUUACCAUGAAACUUUCCCUUCAACACCUGAUAAUUUUUAUCUGACGCUAAUGCUCAAGGCAAACCUUACUAGCAUCUUAGGUGGAAUGAUAUUUUUCGGAGGAAUUUAUGAUCUCAUAGUAUUCAAACUCUUUAAUAUGCUUGAGUAGUCAUUGAAAGAAGGGAAGACAAGCUUUAUGAGUGAAAAUUAAUCAUCAGAGAAAUUAAUUGAUAAUGAGUAUGCUGACGAAAGCACUCGCUCUUGA